AGCUCUAUCGGCACAGAUGCUUACGAUGCUUAUGUGAAGCAGUUUCAAGAAUGGGAAAAGGACGUGGAGAAGCGGCGCAAGUCUCUGCGGGGAAAGGCGGAGCGAGAGGCGAACGAAUUACGUGCCCAGAAGGAAGAGGAGGAAAAGGCAAAGCGAAUACAGGAAGCUAAAGAAGCAGAAGCAGCGGCAGCAUACGCACAAUCUCAGCAAGCGUAUAUUGCGCACCACCAGGCUGCGUUGGAGCAAGAACAGCAGAGAAUUCAGGCUCAACAACAAGCUGCACAAUUGGCUGCUCAAGUUGCUGCUCAACAACAGCAACAUUUUGCAAAUGCACCUCAACAUGUUACUCAGAUGACUAGUCAAGUUUCUCAUGGGCAAGGUGAUUUGAAUGCGGAGAACGUCUUCAAAGAAAUGGUCAAUGUUGUUAUGGGAGGAGCGGCUGCUGCAUUGGGUACAACAGUCACACAACAACCCCCUCCAUCCAUGCCUGGCGCACCUGGCCCUGCUGGACCGCCACCACAACUGUGGGGGAACACCAAAGUGACGUACGACAUGAAGGAUCCAUUGUUCCUCAGGUGGGGAGCUCGAGCUGCGCCUGCACACAAUCCUCCAUGUAUCCGACCACCGAUGCCUGUCGGACCUUGUUGGAUGUUAGAAAAUGCGCUCAGAGAGAACAAAAUGGCCGUGGCUCCAGGACCAAAUUUGCCUCCGCCCCUAUUUAUUCAACCACCACCGAUAAUGUGA